CGCAUUCGAUUUUGGAAGGUUGGCUCAGCCGCUCGCUGCAAGGCUGUGGCCGAGGAUUGGCUGUUGAGGGGCUCAGAGCACUUUCUCCGGGGAACUGUGGCUGCGUUCCAGGUGGCUCGGCCAGGAUCCCGGCUGCGUUCUGCCCGCCUCGGGCAGCCAAGGCAACCAGAGCACCGGUGAUGGGGACCCCAGCCUCUGUGGUGAGCGAGCCACCCCUAUGGCAGGCUUCAACUGAGUCCCGGGGACGAAAGCAGGCCUCUGCCAACAUAUUCCAGGAUGCAGAGUUGGUGCAGAUCCAGGGCCUGUUCCAGCGCAGUGGGGACCAGCUUGCUGAAGAGCGGGCCCAGAUCAUCUGGGAAUGUGCAGGGGAUCACCGUGUAGCUGAGGCCCUAAGAAGGCUGCGCAGGAAAAGGCCCCCGAGGCAGAACCACUGUGGCCGGCUGAGAGCACCAGAGCUUGGUUCUACAGCAGCUGACCCACAGGACAGCACCACUGACAUGGCUUCCGGCGAGCAGUUUGGGAACUCCCGGAGGACAAGUGCCAGAGUCCACCGAAGCUGGAAUAAGCCGGGUCCCACAGGUUACCUCCACCAGAUCAGACACUGACUCAGUGAAGGGGUGGGGAGGUCCUCCCCUGAUAUUGCAGGGACUUUGCCAAAGGGCUUAUGGAGUUGCAAAGAGGCGGCCUGAGCAGGGCCCUGUCUUGGUGACAAACACGGUAAUAGGACUGUUGUCCUCAGUUCAGAUCAGAGCCAGCAUCCACUGGGCUCCAUACUAUGUGGAGCCUCUUUUUUGUUGUUGUUUUUGUUUUUUGAGACAGGGUUUCUCUGUGUUGUUUUGGAGCCUGUCCUGGAACUCGCUCUGUAAACCAGGCUGGCCUCAGACUCAGAGAUCCGCCUGCCUCUGCCACCGAGUGCUGGGAUCAAAGGCAUGCGCCACCACCGUCUGGCCCAGAACAAGGCCAUUGGUAACAAGGCUGCUCAUGCCUCAGACCUAACAGUAUAACUGGGCUGCAUGGCAUUCCCCGGGAUAAAAGUAAUAUGCACUCAGAUGCAGCAUCUCACCGUUUCUGCCACCAACUGCCAUUUACUGUCACCAUACAGCAGCCAGCUGUCUCACACCCUUGUGCCAUGGCCAGUACGAAGGGAAAAUUUGUUUAAGUGGAAAAUAAAAACAUUUACAUCAAGAA